AUGGGCGACGUGGUGGAGCGACGGACGUCAGGUCUCAAGGCCCCAAUUCUACUCCUGACGGGUCACGAAGGUGAAGUCUACUGUUUGGAGUUCUCCUCAGAUGGUCAACUCCUGGCCUCUGGCGGCAAGGACAAGAAUAUCUUUUUGUUCGAGGUCUACGGGGAGUGCCGUAAUAUCGGUGUACUGAGUGGCCACAAAAAUGCUAUCCUAGAGCUGCAUUGGAGCGCAAAUGGAGAAAAUUUGUACUGCUGUUCCGCUGAUCAUUGCGCAUCUCUCUGGGAUGUUGAGUACCAGAAGCGCCUCAUAAAAUAUGAUGACGGAACUGUGAAGGUCUGGGACCACCGCAGCAAGCGCCCGGUAAAAUCCUUGGAGCAUGAUUUCCAAAUUCUCUCUGUCUGCUGCGAGCCUUCGGGAGAGCGCUUAUUUUGCGGCAGUCUCGACAACACAAUUCGGGUUUACGACAAUCGCAGCGACAAAGAGCUCUUCAAAUUAGAAGGCUGCACAGACUCAGUCACUAGUCUCGAUCUGAAUCAUGAUGGCACUCGGCGGAGAAGAACCUCAUUCGUGCCCGUUGGGGUCACGGCACUAUUAUAA